AUGUCCCGGAACGAAGCCAGAGCCACCGAAUACGUCGCAGUUGAGAAGGGCCGGGAACGAGAGACGAAUGGCGCAGAAGGAGAAGAACUACGGGAUCCAAACAUUGUCGACUUUGACGGCCCCAAUGACCCAGAUCACCCACUGAACUGGUCAACGACCAGGAAGACGACGACCAUCGUCGUCGUGUCCCUGACCGCACUGCUCUCGCCCAUAGGCUCGACCAUCAGCGCGGCGGCGGCGGCCGACAUUAUGCACCACUUCGGCACGACAGACGAGACGUUGGGGGCCCUCAUGACCACGAUCUACCUGCUUGGAUACGCCUUCGGCCCCCUCGCCAUCGCGCCUCUGUCGGAGCUGUACGGACGCGCCAUCGUGUUCCGCUCCUGUACUCUCCUCUUCACCGUCUUCAACAUCGCGUGCGCGGUGGCGAACAGCUUCGGCUCCCUGGUGGUGUACCGCCUGCUGGCCGGCAUCGCGGGGUCGUGCGCGGGCACGCUGGGCGCCAGCUCUAUUGCCGAUAUGAUUGCGCGCGAGAAGCGCGGGCGCGUCAUGUCCGCGUACAUCAUGGGCCCGACCCUGGGGCCAACCAUCGGACCCAUCAUCGGCGGCAAUCUGACGGCGGCCGCGGGCUGGCGGUGGGAUUUUUGGCUCAUGGCUAUUGCCUCGAGCGUCAUGGCCGUCUUCGUCAUCCUCUUCUUACACGAGUCGUAUCCGUACGUUAUCCUGAAGAGGAAGACGGCCAGGCUGCGCAAGAGCACUGGGAACCAAGACCUGCGGUCGGCCUUGGACACAAGCAAGACCCCCAGCCAGCUGUUCAAAUUCGCUAUCCUACGCCCUCCGAAGAUGCUAGUCUCCCCCAUCAUUUUCUUGAUGUCGGCAUACGCCGCCACCGCCUUUAGUUACGCCUACCUCUGCUUCACGACUUUCCCCCGCAUUUUCCAAGACCAAUAUGGCUUCGGCAGUGGAGCGUCCGGACUGACCAGCAUUGGACUUGGAGUUGGGUUUAUCGUGGGCCUUCUAUUUGUCGGGGCCGUCUCCGAUCCCUGGUCUGCCUACCUCACAAAGAAGAACGAUGGCGUGACCAAGCCCGAGUUUCGACUGCCCACGUUGAUUGUCGGUGCCGUGUUCGUCCCUGUCGGCCUUUUCUGGUACGGCUGGUCGGCCGAGUACAAGGCCCAUUGGAUUGUGCCCAUCAUGGGAACCGCUCUGCUCGGCAUCGGCAUCGUAACUGCAUAUACAACCAGCGCUACAUAUCUCAUCGACGCAUACACGGUUUACUCCGCGUCGGUCAUGGCCGCAAGUGCCAUCCUCCGCUGUCUCUUCGGUGCCCUGCUGCCUCUGGCUGGUAGCGCCAUGUUCGACGCCCUGGGAGUAGGCUGGGGCAACUCGGUCCUUGGCUUCAUAUCCCUCGCCUUUCUCCCCCUCCCGUUCAUCCUUUUCUUUUACGGUGAAAGAAUUCGCGAGUCAAAACUUUUCAAAAUGGAGUUUUAG